AUGGUGUCACAGUCUUCGGGCCGGCAGGACUCACCUGUGGACCCCUGGGAAGGGGUCAGCGAUGACCCAGACGACACUGACAGCUUGCCCAGCCUCCUGGACACUGAGCACCCCUCCUGCCCAUCAGACAUCAGGUUCACAAGGCACAGAGCUGCCUGGAUUAACCCCCCAUGUGUGCAGCAACAGCUGCAGGACGCGUCCCCCCAGGUGCUCCCAGUGGGGAACAGAGAGAGCCACACUGCGUCCAAAUCUCCCUUGGGAGCUUCACCCUUAUCUCUUGGGGACUCCGUGGUGGAGACAUCACUGUCGAAGGGCACCGUGGACUCCGUGGGCAGCUCCUCUGCCCGGGGCGCAGCUGGCAAUGGCAGUGACUCCGCUGUUACCUCGAAGGAAGAACGGGCAGUGCUCCCAAGACACUGUCCUCACACGUCUCUCAUCACCAGCUCCAAGACUGUAUCCGGUCCCCCAUGUCCUGAGGAUGGCAGGGCUUUUUUCAAGCCUUCCCAGCUGACAGCUUCUGCUGAUGCAGAUGCUGUUCAAGUUGGCGGAAGAACUGUUUCCUCAAAUUCCUUCUCACCAGAGGCAUUCAUUCUCCCUGUUGAUGUAGAAAAGGAAAAUGCCCACUUUUACGUUGCAGAUAUGAUUAUAUCAGUCAUGGAGAAAAUGAAGUGUAAUAUUCUAAGUCAGCAGCACACAGAGACCUGGAGUACCGAGGAGGCCGGCAGGUCACUCGGCAAUGAUCAGGCGGACUUGGAAGGGACCUUUUAUACCCACGUAAAGCAGGAAUCUGGGUCUUCCGCUUCGUCUGACAGUGGCUAUGAAGGUUGCGCUGUGUUACAGGUCAGCCCAGUGGUUGAAACACCUGCUUUCUCUGAGGUGACGGAAGAGGACUGCAAAUGUGACUUCGAUGACUUUGUUUUCGUAGAACUUGGAGAUUUCAGCAAUACCACAGUGCCCUGUGGAUGUUCCUCCGACACCUCUAAGAGUGUCAUUCAUGAGCCAAACUUCAAUUCUGCUGAGCUAACAGCCAAAGAGUUAUACCGCGUAUUCAAGAAAUGCUGGAUGCUGGCAGAAGUUCAUUAUCAGCUGGCAGGCUCUCUCGAUGCAGCUGGCUCCAUAGUCGUAAAUGAAGAGCAGGUCCAGAAAGACUUUGAAUCCAGCACAGAUGUCGUCCAGGAAAUUAAACUGAAGUCGAGGAUCAGAGGGACUGGAGACUGGGCGCCCCCUAGGUUUCAAAUCAUAUUUAAUGUUCAUCCACCACUCAAGAGGGAUCUCGUAGUAAUAGCCCAAAAUUUUUUCUGUGCUGGCUGUGGAACUCCAAUAGAACCUAAGUUCGUGAAGCGGCUCCGGUAUUGCGAAUACCUGGGGAAGUACUUCUGCGACUGCUGCCACUCGUACUCGGAGUCCUGCAUUCCCGCCCGGAUCCUCAGGAUGUGGGACUUCCGGAAGUACUACGUCAGCAACUUCUCCAAACGCCUGCUGGACCACAUAUGGCAUGAGCCGAUCUUCAACCUGGUGCACGUCAGCCACGGCCUGUACACCAAGGCCAAGGAACUGGACAGAGUGAGGGAAAUCCAGGAGCAGCUAUUUCAUAUCAAGAAGCUAUUGAAGACCUGCAGGUUUGCUGAAAGCACAUUAAAGGAGUUUGAGCAGCUGCCGGGACACUUGACGGAGGCGCUCCACUUGUUCUCCCUGGAGGACAUGGUCAAGGUCAAGAAAGGGCUGCUGGUGCCCUUGCUUAAGGAGAUUCUGAAAGCUUCCCUUGAGCACGUGGCCAGCUGUGAGCUGUGUCAAGGAAAGGGCUUCAUUUGUGAAUUUUGCCGGAGUACAGCUGUCAUUUUCCCAUUUCAGACUGAAACGUGUAGAAGAUGUUCAGUGUGCAGAGCUUGCUUUCACAAGCAGUGCUUCCAGUCCUCCAAGUGCCCCCGGUGUGCGAGGAUCACAGCGAGGAGAAGACUUCUGGAAAGUCUACCCUCUGCGGCGACAUGA